AUGCCAAGCAAACGGCCAAUUAAAGCUUUUUAUGUUCCUAAGAAAAAUACAAAACUAAAUAUCUCACAAAAACGAACUACUCAUCCUUCUUUACACAAUACUCGUAGUUCGCCAGUAGUUCCAUUAUAUGAUGUGAUUAAUGAAAUUGAUUCUAAUGAUCCAGCAUCGUAUCCACAAUUUGGACGAAUAUCACAAUUGUCAAAUUUUAGUCAACGAGAACCCACAUGGAAUUCAUCAACAAAAGAAUCAUCUGAAGGUUCAUCUUUAUCGAGAAAUGAUAUUGAAGAUAAAGAAACCAAUGGAGAAAAAGGAGAAACUUACAAAAUAUGGUUAUUGAUCAUUGGUGGUCUAUUAAUUACUGCUUGUUUAAUUACAAUAAUUGCCUUGCUGGGUGUUAUGAUUAACAAUAAGAGCAAAGUGACAACAACAUCAACUACUACCAGUACGACUUCUACUUCAACUACAUCGACUACGGCGACUACAUCAACUACAUCGACGACGACUACAACUACUACGACGACCACAACGACAACCAAAACCACUACGACUACAUCAACUACGACGACGACAACUAAGACCACGACGACUACAUCAACUAAGACCACAACAACUACAUCAACUACAACGACGACAACUAAGACCACAACAACCACAUCAACCACUACAACAACUACAACAGAGACUACGACAACCACAUCGGAGACUACAACAACUACCGUAGAGGCUACAACAACCCCAACGGAGACUACGACAACCAUAACGGAGACUACAACAACCACGGCAGAGACUACGACGGAGAUGAUAACAGGAAUUACGACAACCACGGCAGAGACUACAACAGCCACGACAGAGACUACGACAGAGAUAACGACGACGAUGACCACCACGGCAGAAGUUACAACAGGACUUUCAAAUGAUCCAAUGAGUGAGUUCUUCGAUUGA